AAUACAUGUCUCAUCUGGCCUGGAAAUACCUCAGGAUUGUCUGGAUCAACUGCAAAAUGUUGGUGGGGAGAUGAACAUGUGGAAUGAUGUGCUUACCCCGCUUCCACCCUGAUCAGACCCUGGGUAAAGACAAGAAAAUGGAUGGUUUUCUAUAAAGAUGUACAUCCAUUAGGAAUUAGUCAGAUUCAUAAGUCUCCCCUGCUUCCAUUGUUUGAGUAGCCGUUUUCUUUGCUAUGGGAAAGAACCGCAGCAACCACUGGGCAGCAAGCUACACAAAUGAAAAUUACACUGAAACAAAAGUUUUGCAGAGGAUUUCAUGCAUUCAUUCAGCUCUGCAUGAUUUUUGCGGUGGAUUAUCCAUUUUAAUCAUCUCUUUGCAUGCAAAUGUUCCACCACAACAAUUCGACCCGUCAUUGUUCUGCUGCAUCGUUCCCUUCGCUCUGUCCACAUGACUGUGAUGGGUGUAAAGAAAUGCAAAUAGUGUUUUUCCUCUUAGAGGAGGAUGAUAGUGAGAUGCAGCCAGACCAUUAUGUUCUACAGAAGUGAGACUAAUUAGGAAUAGCUCUAAGCUGAGUGUUACACGCAAAGUAAAGAUGUCUGGAGGUGCUGAGAGAUGUUAGUCGGUAUUAUCCAUCUGUUCCUAAUGCUGUUCUUUCCUCCUGUCUGUCUGCUGUCGGGGCCUCGAGUGUUUGUGGUGGUGAGGCUGAGACACCGGAGCUAGUUUGGCCCCGGCAUAAAGCUCUGUGAUUAGCUCAUGGUUUUCCUCUUAUUGCUUCACUUCGCUUGGCUCGUGUAACAUUGACGUGAGCGCGUGAUUGACAGGAAGAAAACUUUCAGCUAUCUUGGAAGUUUGCGUCAGUCGGGCUGCUGUAUCUGGUGUCCUGAUUGCUAACCUCUGUGUGUGCGCGCUGUGGCUCCACUCUGACCUACUGGUGUGCGGGUGUGUGUUAUAGUAAUCAAAGCAAUCGUCAGUUCUCGCAGGCACAUGUGUGGGUCUUAACGUCCACUGGCAUACCUGCUCAUGUGAGUCACGUUUUAGGGGACUUUGUGUGUGCAGCGCGCACUCGCACAUGUGCACACCUGUGUUGUUGACGGAGUGUCAGUGACGUUUCAACGUGAGUCAGUCUGGAUGCUGAGCUCACUGUCAUUAAUCAGAGGGUAGCAGCAGGGGAGUCGGGUUUUCCCAUAACUUACUUUCAACAGCAAUAAAGAGAGAGAUAUAGAGAGAUAGAUAGAUAGAUAGUGUGGGAAAAGAGAUGACAGGACCGAAGGAAUAAAGCAAGAAACAGAUGGAGAGGGGGUGUAAUUGUUUACUCGAUUGUUUAUGACUGCAAAACACAAAGUCCAAAACUGUUACCUGAUCCACAUCUUUCCUUCUUCCUCCGUCUGCUCCUCUUCAUCGCAUCUCAUUCCUGGAAGGUUUACAGGCGAGCCAUAUAUUGACGUGGCCGACUCUGUUUCAAAGGACUGACGUUCUCCAGUUGCAGAGCUGUCUUCUUGGUCUGGUUGAUGCUUGCCAGAUCAAGCUGAUAAUGCACAUCUAACUGCGCCUUAAUCCACACGGCCUUGACCGAGAUGUAUGUGUGUGUGAAGUAGGAGGAUUGAUUGAAUAUAGGCUUUGUUGCAUUACAGCCGCGGAUAUGAAUCAGAUAAGUUCCUUGAGGUUUUUACACACGCUCUCCCUCCUCUUAUUUAGUCUGAGCUCUGACACAUUGAUAAGUGAGUGGCGGCUGGUAACAUGGUUGUCCAUGUGUGUACCAGCUGUGGGAACCGGUGACCACUCGGCUCGCUCUCACACACUGACCCGAGGAAAUGGGGUUCCUCGGCUGAGAUCACAGCUGGAUCUGCCACAGCUCAGGAGAACUAUUGGAAAGACGGCAACAAAUUCAAACCCUUUGAUUGUCCACAACGUCCAAUCAGUGAAUUAAUUGCAGAAAUUAAAGCCCUUCUGUCCAGACUGCACUGAUUUGUUUUCCAGGGUUGGAGCCCUAUAUUUCUCUCCAUUUUACUGCCAUUAUUCAGCAACUCUACACCCCUGCAGUCUGCCGGCGUGCGCUGAAGAACAGGGACAAGAAAAUACACAAUGCUGAGCGGUGUAUGUUAAGACAGGCCAAUGUGGUGUUGAUUACCUUGUCAGCAAUGAGGCUGCUGAGUUUACACAGCCACUGAAAGACUAGGGAGAGAAAGAUAGAGGGGGACAGUGGAGGAGAGGAAUGAGGAGUAACUGCCUUUCCAUACAUGGAGAGGUAGGGGGAGAAAAGAGGAGGAGGGGGAGGAGAAAGCAAGAGAACGAGAGAGAGAGUGAGGAGGGUAAUAUGAGGAGAUACAAUGAGAGAGAGAGAGAGAAGAGGGGAGGAGAGAAAAUUUGGAAAGAGAUAAAGACAGGCGAUAGAGGGAUAAAGGCUGAUAAGGCUGCAGCAGACAACCGGCUACAGCAGAGAGAAAAGAGAGAAGAGUGAUUCGAGCUGUCUCCUCUCUGCUGCAGCUUCUCUCUGUCACUGACCGACUGAUCCAACACAGAUGAUGUCAUCAGAGCACCUGGCCUGUGGUUGGCUGCAGCAGCUCCUCAUCGUACUUGUGAAGCUUUGCCUCACUUUUGCUGGACCUUUGCGGCCUCUGAAUGGGACAGAAUGCACAGCCAAGAGUCCUGCUUCCUACAUCCUGGUCUUUACAGGUCACUGGAGCCCACAGGCCUUCCCCAAGCAGUAUCCACUGUUCCGGCCCCCUGCACAGUGGUCCAAACUCAUAGCGGUCAGCCAUAAUCGUCAUUUUCAACUAUGGGAGGAGGACGCUCCAGCCAGUGCAGGGGUGCAGAGCUUUGCUGAACUCGGGGUGACGGUGGAGCUCAUGAAGGCAGCCAAGGAGGCCAGGAGGAAACGCGUGGUCGGAGCCAUGUACCGAACGGCUGGCAUCCCCAACGGCAUCGGGCACAGCUCCACGGAGAUGCUCAUGCAGCCACGGAGCUCACUGUUGUCCCUGAUGGUGAAGAUGAUCCCCAGCCCCGACUGGUUUGUUGGUGUCGACAGCAUAAAUCUUUGCGAGGGCAACCAGUGGAAACAAGAAGUGACCAUUGACCUCCAGCCUUACGAUGCAGGGACAGACAGUGGAUUCACUUUCUCCUCUCCAAAUUUCCCCACCAGCCCCCAGGAAAACAUCACGAAGAUCACGUCUCAGAUGCCGAACCACCCGGCCAACUCCUUCUACUACCCACGCUUAAAGGAGCUCCCACCGAUCGCCAGCAUAAAGAUCACUCGACAGAGCAGUUCACCUGAGCGUCAAACCCAAAUGUCCAAUCAUAUUCUGCCAAACUCCAUCAGUCCCCAGCGCUUCUCAGCGACACCACUGGACUGUGAGGUGUCUCUCUGGUCGUCUUGGGGUUUAUGUCUGGGUCCCUGCUCCAGAGGCGGCGUUCGCCACCGCACACGUUACAUCCUCUUGCGGCCGGCCAAUGCUGGGACCCCCUGCCCUGAGCUGGAGGAGCAGGCUGAGUGUGUACCACACAGCUGUAUGAAACUCCAGUAACCCUCAGAGUGCACAAACACAAAUACUGCCAGUAUUCGACACUGGGACUUUCAUGUUAUUACUGCUGGACUGAGAAAUGUUGCUGAGCAUCUCUUUGCUGAGGAUUUGUUUUUGUCUUUGUCGCAGCCAAAUUGUGGAAGUUUAAGAUGUGCUGCAUUUAGGGGUGAUGGUCGUUAGCUUUAGAAGGAAUACCCCUCUGGGUGUAUUAUAAUGGCAGUAAAGUCUGACUGUAAAGGAGGGUUAGUUAAAGGUCUCAAAUAGUGCCCCUUUUUGGGAAAUUAAUCAAAAUCUCACAUGCAACUACGGUUGUUUAGUUUUUGAGCGCAGAAUGCUGAAAAGACGGUUGAUUUCACCAUGACCGCGGCUGCGUCUCAAAUCAGAUAUUUUCUCUUUUUAUUUAAAUACGUCGUACAGCUGCCCUCACAAAGUAAAUACCGUUUCAUGCAGCAUGCAUACAAUUGGCACAUACUACUUUGUCAUAAAAAUGCACCUUAAACUUUAACUCUCAUGGUCUGCAGUACUCAGGCGAGACACCGAGACAUACAGACCUGAUCAAAAUCUUAAGACCAGUUGAAAAAUUGCUAGAAUUUACCUUUUGCACAUUUGGAUCUUAAUGAGGUUUUAAGUAGAGCUACAAUAUGCAAAAGCAAGAAGGGGGAGUGUGACAAAAAGCACUUUGAAAAAGUAAUUUAUUGAAAACAACAAGUGAACUGAAAUAGGCUGUUUAUCAGCUGAUCAAAAGUUUAAGACCACAGGCUAUAAAAGCCAAAAUCUGCUCAAAAUUCUCAUUUUAUGUCAGCCAUUCACACGGUCAUGCCCUCCUGAUGGCUAAAGCUAAGAAGCUUUCUCUUCUUGAACGUGGUCGGAUCGUCGAGCUGCAGAAGCAAGGCCUCUCACAGCGUGCCAUUGCUGCUGAGGUUGGACGCAGUAAGAUGGUCAUUCUAAUUUUUCUGAAAGAUCCUGAGCAUUAUGGAACAAGAAAGUCAAGUGGUAGACCCAAAAAAAUUACACCUGCGCUGAGCUGGAGGAUCCGAUUGGCUGUCCGUCAAGACACAUUGAGGUCCUCGACCCAAAUUAAGGCCCUUACUGGUGCCGACUGCAGCGCAAUAACCAUCAGACAGCAUCUGCGGGAAAAGUGUUUCUAAAACAAAAAACUAAUUCAAAGGCCUCGUCUCUUUCAACGCCACAAAACUGCCCGUUUAGGCUUUGCCAGGGAGCAUCGAACAUGGGACAUUGAAAGGUGGAAAAAAGUUUUAUUCUCUGAUGGGAAAAAAUGUAACCUUGACGGUCCAGAUGGCUUCCAACAUUACUGGCAUGACAAGGAGAUCCCACCUGAGAUGUUUUCUACCCGGCACAGUGGAGGGGAGUCAAUCAUGAUUUGGGGUGCUUUUUCAUUCAGUGGAACACUGGAGCUUCAGGUGGUGCAGGGUCAUCAAACGGCAGCUGGUUACAUGCAGAUGUUGCAGCAAGCAUCCCUCAUGACUGAGGGUCCUCAUCUGUGUGGUAACAGCUGGGCUUUUCAACAGGACAAUGCUGUAGUUCACAAUGCUCGCUUGACGAAGGACUUCUUCAGAGAGAAUAACAUCACUCUUUUGGACCAUCCCGCAUGUUCCACUGAUUUAAAUCCCAUAGAGAACAUUUGGGAUGGAUGGCAAGGGAAGUUUAUAAAAAUGGCCAUCAGUUCCAGACAGUUGAUGCCCUUCGUGAAGCCAUCUUCACCACUUGAAGCAAUGUUCCCUAAAGCUUCCUGGAAACACUCGCAUCAAGCAUGCCCAAACGAAUUUUUGAAGUGAUUAACAAGAAUGGUGGAGCUACUCAUUACUGAGUCCUAAUGAGAAAUUUUUUUGUUCUGGUUUAGUGAGUUUUUUGUAAAUUUUUUUUGAGCAAUGGUCUUAAACUUUUGAUCAGCUGAUAAACAGCCUAUUUCAGUUCAAUUGUUGUUUUCAAUAAAUUACUUUUUUAAAGUGCUUUUUGUCACACUCCCUCUUCUUGCUUUUGCAUAUUGUAGCUCUACUUAAAACCUCAUUAAGAUCCAAAUGUGCAAAAGGUAAAUUCUAGUAUUUUUUCAACUCAGGUCUGUAUGUAGCAUAACUGCACAGAGGAUUGUGAGUCAGAAUGGCCAGAUGAGUAUGCUGGCUUGUUGUAGGACAUCUGGGUAUUUUUAGCUACUUCAUUUGACAUAUUAUGUAUUGGGGCACACUAAAUCUUUUUCUCCCAUACUCUAUAAUAUGGUAAUAUAGAUAUUGGAACGCAGCCUACAUGAAUGGUUUUAGGGCUGCUCUAAAGGUGCUGCUGUUUUUGGCUCUUUCAGGAAGUGCUGCUGUUUGUGUCUGUGAUUGAAAGUGCAGUGCUGAAGCAAAGGACUUCAUUUUUUAGGCUUAAUGCAUAACUUUUGGGGGUAAAAAGUGAUUUCUAUAAAAUGUUCUAGAUGCAGAAUAUAAAUGUAUCCCCUCAGAGACCUCUGCAAGACUAUUUUCUGGUUGUUUUAUUGUCUGCAGCAUUUGCAUUUGAACUGUGUGCUGACGGUGGCACACCAAAGUCACAAAUGUGCAUCUUCAGCACAUGCUCACACUCUUAUAUGCGUGGACACACAAACCUCCACACACAGGUCUUUGCACAUGCUGCAUGCCUUUGCAGGCGUGGAGUUUACAUAGAUACUUAUACAUGCUUGGCAGAUUAAGCCCUUUCAAAAUAACUUCACACCCUGAUUUAUGAAUAUCACCUCUCAUAAGAAGCACCGAACAGCUGACUUGAAGCUUAGAGCCAGUCCAAAGACGACGGCCUAUUUUAUAGCAAAAUGCAGUUUUUUUAAUAUAAAUAAAGAUAAAUAUUUGUAUUAUCUCUUUUGAUAUUUCAGUCUUGAGAUUUUGUACAUACUGUAUGAUGCAUCGUAUCUUGUAUAACUCAUGAAUAAAUAUGGAGGUGUGUUUUUCAAAUAGAAAACGUGUUACUUUGUUCCCCCGCCUGGUUCUCCAGUUGGACAGCAUUUUCCCCUUUUUGUUUCUGUAAAGGCAGCAUGUAAAACAUUUAAAACUUUUGUUUGACCAAACAACAAUGUUGAUUUGCACUGUU